AUAUUUCAAGUCGCUUACAUCAUCGUCAAAGCAGCCGCUUCUCCGAGACCGGGAAACUGGAUUCUGGAGCGAUCGACGGACGGCAUCGUGUACAAGCCGUGGCAGUACUACGCCAUGACGGACUCCGACUGCUGGAACACUUACGGAAUUGCUCCGACUGUUGGCGUGCCACGCUACCGCAGCGAUGACGAAGUCAUCUGUACAUCAUACUACUCAAAACUAGAGCCACUGGAGAACGGAGAGAUUCACACGUCGCUGGUGAACGGCAGACCAGGCGUGGUGGGACCAAGUGCAACCCUCACAGAGUUCACGUCUGCCAGGUACGUGCGGCUGAGGUUGCAGAGGAUCCGCACGUUGCUAGGCGACCUGAUGCACGUCUACGGCAGGAACGUCGUUGAUACGAUCGUCUCUCGCAGGUACUUCUACUCAAUUAAGGAUAUCUCGAUCGGAGGCCAGUGUAUAUGUUCAGGUCACGCAGAUGAAUGCAGACAUGAUCCGGGAGAGCGGCAACAGAAAUGCGAAUGCCAGCACAACACGUGUGGUGACUCGUGCAACAAGUGCUGCCCUCUGUUUAACCAGUUUUCCUGGCGACCGGGAACAGCACACGAGGGUUUCGUCUGUGAGGAGUGCCAGUGCUUCGGUCACGCAGAUAGAUGUGUGUACAAUAAGACUGUCGCCGUGCAGCAGCUUAGUCAGGACAUCACUGGUGUGAAGCGUGGCGGAGGAGUCUGCAUCAACUGUCAGGACAACACGGUCGGGUAUAACUGUGAGUCGUGUCGUGAGGGAUACUACCGGCCGGCCGGCGUGCCACACUCCACGCCUGACGUGUGCCAGCGCUGCGACUGCCGCGACCGAGAGACGGCGCCACCGGUCAGUCAACCAGGCAACUGCAUCUGCAAGACAGGAUUUGCUGGCCCCGCGUGCGACCGAUGCGCCAUCGGUUUCCGUGGUUACCCGUACUGCGAACCAUGCCCCUGCGAUCCCGCGGGAAGCCGCAACUACGAAACCUGCGACGGCGAGUGCGACUGCAAGCCGAACACAUUGGGGCAAGGCUGCGACAGUUGCAAGCCCGGCUAUUUCAACCUGGCCAUAGACAACCCGGACGGCUGCCAGCCCUGCUUCUGCUUCGGAGCGACAGACGAGUGCACCUCCGUCGGCUGGUCGCUGGAGAAGUCGUUGGUUGUACAGAUUGGUCUGCUGAGCGGCUGGUCAGUGACGGAUCUGGAGGGCAGGAACCUCGUCAUUCCAACGAUAGAGAGUCGGGUGCUGAAGGUGGCAAGCUACGACACCUACCUACUGCAAGAGAUGUUCUACUGGAGCGCCCCGCCCGACUACCUCGGCAACAAGGGCCACGAGCAGAUGCACCUGCUUAGAAGGGCCAUGAGCAGAUGGACCUGCUUAGAAGGGCCACGAGCAGGUGGACCUGCUUGGAAGGGCCGCGAGCAGGUGCACCUGCUUAGAAGGGCCAUGAGCAGAUGGACCUGCUUAGAAGGGCCACGAGCAGGUGGACCUGCUUGGAAGGGCCGCGAGCAGAUCCUGCUGUCAGUGUCGAUGGAGGUGGCUAACGAGAAUUCUUCCAGCUCUGAGACUCUGUCUACUGUGGAGCAAUGUGACUGUCCGUAUGGCUACACGGGCCUAUCUUGCGAGCAAUGUGACGUCGGAUGGCGACGGGUGGACGAGACUCUGUACGAGGGCAAGUGUGAGCGCUGCCGUUGCCAUGGCCACGCAGACGCCUGCGACGCUUACACCGGCGAGUGCUUGGGCUGCCAGCACGACACGAUCGGGCCGCAGUGUGAGCAGUGCCGCAUGGGUUUCUACGGCGACCCGCAGCGAGGCACGGCCAGCGACUGCAAGGCGUGCGCGUGCCCCCUCACCGACCCCGACAACAACUUCAGCUCGCAGUGCGAGCGCGACCCACUCAACCCCAGCGACUACAUCUGCACCGAGUGUCCGCAGGGCUUCGUCGGAAACCACUGCGAGAUGUGCUCGGACGGUUACUUUGGCGACCCUUUGCUCCCUGGCAACUACUGUCAGCCGUGUCUGUGUAACGGUAACGUCGACCCGCAGGCCAUCGGUAACUGUGACCGAUACACCGGACAGUGCCUCAAGUGCAUCGCCAACUCUCACGGCUGGUCGUGCGACCAGUGCCAGGCAGGAUACUACGGCACCGCCAUCAACCACGACUGCUCUAGCUGUGACUGCAAUGCAUUCGGCUCAGUCAACUCCACAUGUGACCGCUUCACGGGACAGUGCCGGUGCAAACCUAACAUCGUCGGCAGGCAGUGCGAGAGAUGUGCGGACCUGCGUGGCAACCUGAGGGAGGGUUGUGAGGAGUGUAACUGUAACGAGGUCGGCUCUGCGUAUCUACAGUGCGACUUUGAGUCCGGCCAAUGCCAGUGUAAGUCUGGUGUGUUCGGCCGCCACUGUGACACGUGCAACGAGGGAUACUAUGGCUUCUCGGAUCAAGGAUGCCAGUACUGUGACUGUGAUCGGUCAGGCUCCACCUCACAGAUGUGUGACCAGGCGACCGGUCAGUGUACAUGUCGCGCCAACGUCACCGGCCGUCGCUGCGACCAGUGUUUCGCCGCUCACUGGAACGUGACGUCCGGCACUGGCUGCGUGCCCUGCGGAUGCAACUUGACGGGAGCAGACAGCACAAACUGUGACCAGUACAGCGGCCAGUGUAGCUGUAAACCUGGCAUAGGCGGCGCGCAGUGCAACAAGUGCGAAUAUGGAUACUAUGGAUUCAGCGUCAGUGGCUGCAAGCGCUGCCCGCGGUGUGACAAGCCAGGCCACGUCUGUGACGCAGAGACCGGUCAGUGUGUGUGUCCACUCAACACGGAGGGAGACCGCUGUGAGAGAUGCAGGAAGGGAACGUGGGGCUACAACGCACUGGAAGGCUGUAAGGUGUGUAGUUGUGACGCGGUGUUGUAUGUGACACGUGCUGGUGACACGUUAGUGGUGACACGUGUAGUGCGUGACACGUGUACAGUGCGUGACGCAUCUUUCAUCCUGCCAGACCUUGAGGAGUGUGCGAGAAUGGCUGGGCCAUAUGCCGUUCAGCUGCAUCGGACCUGGUAUGCACAGAUGGCUUUCGUGAGGACGUCGGGUGAACUCGCACAGCAGAUGGAAGCUGUGCCAGCGGGUGCCAAGGAAUUGGGUACAGAUGGCAGCUUCGCUGUCGAACCCCCGCACCCGGCGCUCUUCAUUGAGGAUGUGAUGCUGGACUAUGCCGUCGCUGCCAUCGGACCUGAUGCACAGAUGGCGGUAGGUGUCGAGCAAUGCGACUGCCCACCGGAGUACCAGGGCAGCUCGUGUCAGAACCCCGCACCGGGCUACUUCAGAUGGAAGAAACCAAAUUUCCUGGAUAGCAACAACACAUUGGACCUAGCAGGAGAGGCAAGACCCUGUAUGUGCAACUAUCACAGCUCCAUCUGCGACCGAGAGACAGGAAUAUGCAUAAACUGCAAGCACAACACCGCAGGUGACCACUGUGAACUGUGCGCUUCUGGUUACUAUGGCAACGCGACGUACGGCACCCCGUACGACUGCGAUCCGUCGUGUGAUGAGGGAUGUCCGGGCAAGCUGAUGGCCAGCAUUGAUGAACUCAUGAACAUGACCAAAGACCUUAACAUCAGUGGUCUGACCCCCGCACCGUGGCUCCCUCUGGUGAGGAUUAGGAAGCGCGCGGACAUGCUCCGGGAAGCGGUGGACAACUACACAUGGGCCGUGUCUACCAUUGAUCUGAUCGGACCCACCGUGUUCAGCUCUGAGUCCGAAUUCAACAUCCUACUGAUCGAGGCGAGGUCUGCAGGAAGGCAGGCAGACCGGGUUUCCUCGAAGGCUGCAGCAGUGAAGCAGGAAGCCAGGGCAUUCGAAGAAGAUGUACAGCUCCUAGAUGCUGAAAUAAAAGAGGCUGUCAGCAACCUGGACAAGUUCCUGCAGGGUCCGAGUGUCGGCAUCAACAUCAGCGAGGCGUUGAAGGAGGCUGAAGCCAUCCUCAUCGAGAUCAACAACCGCAAGUUCCGCAUCGACAAGUUCAACACUGAGAACGAACUCGAGGCAGCGAGAGAGCUGUACGAGCGCGUGUCGAACAUGACCUUUGACCCGCUGGAGGUGAAUAAGGUGAUGGAGCAGCUGCAUAGUGUGUCGGAGCUGCUGGAGGAGCUGUCUAACAUCACAAACAACGACGUGAAGCGGCCACUCGAAGCCAGCGUCCUGCUGAAGGCAGAGAACACCGCCGAGCUACAGCGCCUCAAGGUAACGUAG